CUCUUCAUUCACGCUUUGGAGCAAGAAAAUGGCUGCUGUUGCUGGGGCGCUAGGAAGGUUACUGAAGCCCUCGGCGGGCUGGACCUGGAAGGCGGGCGCUGCUGCUGGAAGGUGUCUUACGGCGUCGGCGGCUGCAGGCGGGCGGAAAUGCGCUGCGGGCGCCGUGCCACCUUUUCCUCGUCUGCGCUUUAGUACGAGUUCUUCAAGGUUUGUUCCUGCUGUCACUCAGCAUGCUCCCUUCUUUAAGGGUACAGCUGUGGUUGAUGGGGAUUUCAAAGAGCUGAGCUUAGAUGACUUUAAAGGGAAAUACCUAGUUCUCUUCUUCUACCCUUUGGAUUUCACUUUCGUAUGCCCAACGGAAAUUGUUGCUUUUAGCGACAAAGCCAAUGAAUUCCAUGAUGUGAAUUGUGAGGUUGUUGCUGUAUCGGUGGAUUCUCACUUUUGUCACCUCGCCUGGAUAAAUACCCCACGAAAGAGCGGUGGCUUGGGCCAUAUGAACAUCCCACUUCUAUCAGACUUAACGAAACAGAUCUCCCGAGAUUAUGGUGUGCUCUUGGAAGGGCCUGGCCUUGCAUUAAGGGGUCUCUUUAUCAUCGAUCCUAAUGGAAUUGUUAAGCAUCUGAGCAUCAAUGACCUCCCGGUUGGUCGCAGUGUAGAAGAAACGCUUCGCUUGGUGAAGGCGUUCCAGUUUGUAGAAACACAUGGAGAAGUCUGCCCAGCAAACUGGACUCCAGAUGCCCCCACGAUCAAGCCAAGUCCAGAAGGAUCAAAGGAGUAUUUUACAAAAGUAAAUAAAUAAGAUAAUGAAUUUUAUUUCCUCAAGCCAGAAGUUGACUUCUUGUCAGACCAGCCAUGAUUGUAGUAAAACCACAGAAUUGUGUCAAUAUUUGUUGUGAUGAAAAGUUGCUAUAUUUUGCAGGGGUUACUUUCUCCCAUAGUGAUGAGUGAUGCUCUAGCCCCAAGUAGAUUUAAGCUACACUUAAAUCUAUGGUCACAUUGAACAGCGCUAGAGGAAGAUGCAUCUCUACUGUCAGAAGCAAAAUAAUUCCUUUCUAGCAUACUCAGUCUGGCAUGUAUUGAUGCUCCUUGAUUGCUCACAAAGUUGUAUACUGACAUUUCCUUUCUUGAAGUUAGUAUUUUAAAUAAUAUUUUGUAGGAUAUUCAAUACAGCAUGGAGGGGAAAAAUAAACUUUGAAAACUAGUUUAUGCCCUUUCCUUCCUUCAUGUGCUCUUAAUAGAUUAAGGGCAAAUUCACAUAGGUCCUAAUCAUGUUUAGCAAAUUUUAGGCUUGCAUAGCCCCUCUACCCCAAUAUAUAAAAUACAUUGCUCUGAGUUGAGGGUCAUACAUAGUUAUCUUAUGAGGAUAUGCCCUACCCGUCUGAUUUGUCCAUGCUUUCUUCUUCUUUUUGGCCAUAGAUUGGGUGGGGAAAAUUCUUACAUGCAAAUGUAUAUACACAGGUCCAGGGUCAGUGUCUUGCAGAUUUGUUCUGUGCACACGUAUGUGUGCAUGGCUCACCCUUGCACCUCUCUGGAAAUAGAGUUGUGCUGCUACAUGAAUUGCCCUUCAAGCCUUUAGACAUCUGUGACCAUCCUACAUAAUAUGUAGCUUAUUAAAUGUGUUGAAAUACUUACAGGAAAAAUACUGAAGGAUAAAUGCUUGUAUUUUAUUGAAAAACGCAAGGUGAAGCUAUGAACCAAAGCCUUUUGUUGGUACUGUUCAAGAGUGACUUCCAUGCCUUCUAGAAAAAGUUGCUAUUUACUUUGUCUAGUGCUGCUUUGGAUGCAGACUUUCAAAUACUAUACUGAUCGGAUGUUUGUAAUUAUGUAGAAAAUUUAUUAAAGCGUCUGAACUAAUAAAGCUUACUUCUAAAAUUA